AUGCCCGUGAUGCGGGGUCUGAUUGCACCACAGAACACCUUCUUGGAAACCAUCGCCACUCGCUUCGACGGGACACACAGCAACUUUGUGCUGGGGAACGCCCAAGUCCAAACGCUCUACCCCAUUGUCUACUGCUCCGAUGGCUUCUGUGAACUCACCGGCUUUGCCCGCGGCGAGCUGAUGCAGAAGAGUUGCACGUGUCACUUCCUGUACGGCGGCGAGACCAGCGACCACCUCACCUCGCAGAUGCAGAGAGCUCUGGAUGAGCGGCGGGAGUUCAAGACUGAAAUCAUCCUAUACAAGAAGAGCGGUUCCAAGUUCUGGUGUCUGCUGGACAUUGUGCCCAUUAAGAAUGAGAAGAGUGAGGUGGUUCUCUUCCUGGUCUCGCAGAAGGACAUCACAGAGAACAAAGACCUGGACUUUGACAAUGAGUCUGACACCAAUGAGGAGACGGGCCUGGAGGUGCAACCCAUCAGCCGCCCGGCAGGCUUCACCAUGGAGCGUCGCCGAAGCCGAGCCGUCCUUUACCAGCUUUCUGGACAUCUUCAGAAACAAGACAAGACCAAGAGCAAGCUGAAUAUCAACAAUAGCGUUCUGGGAGCCAAUGCCAACCCGGUGCCAGAGUACAAAGUGGCAGAGAUCCAGAAGUCCCGCUUCAUCCUCCUCCAUUAUGGCACAUUCAAGGCCGGCUGGGAUUGGCUGAUAUUACUGGCGACCUUCUACGUGGCCGUCACGGUUCCUUACAAUGUCUGCUUCACAGCAGUGGAGGUACGAGAAGACGGGGCUUCGACGGCACGAAACCCGCCCAGUGUCAGUGACAUCUUGGUGGAAAUUCUUUUCAUGAUUGAUAUCGUACUGAAUUUCCGCACCACCUUUGUGAGCACGUCGGGUCAGGUCGUGUAUGACGCCCGCUCCAUUUGCAUCCAUUACGUCACAUCCUGGCUUUUUGUGGAUCUGAUCGCCGCUUUGCCAUUCGACCUGCUCUAUGCUUUCAAUAUCAGCGUGAACUUCGGGGUGCAUCUGUUGAAGACGGUACGUCUCCUGCGCCUUUUGAGACUCCUGCAGAAACUGGACCGCUACUCCCAGUACAGCGCCGUGGUCCUCACCCUGCUCAUGUCCACUUUUGCCCUACUGGCCCACUGGAUGGCUUGUGUCUGGUACUUCAUUGGCCGCAGCGAGAUUGAAAGUAACAGCCCUGCCUCUUGGGAUAUAGGCUGGCUUCAUGAGCUUGCCAAACGUUUGGGCACACCAUACUUCUCGUCUCCGUUGACCUCCCUCCUGGGAGUUUCCGAUUCGCCUCAAACCACCGUGACACCAGAACUGAUUAACUCCAGCCACUGGAACAGCUCUGGCCUGGAGCCAUUGACCGGGUCGGGUUUGUUCGGUGCAACCCAGUGGAACAGCAGCAGGUCCCGUUUAAGGGCGCCAGGCAUGGCGUUAAGCGGUGGGCCAUCCGUGCGGAGCUCCUACGUGACGUCGCUGUACUUUGCUCUGAGCAGUUUGACCAGCGUCGGCUUCGGCAACGUGUCAGCCAACACGGAUUCGGAGAAGAUCUUCUCCAUCUGCACCAUGCUGAUCGGAGCAUUAAUGCACGCCGUGGUAUUUGGAAAUGUGACUGCCAUCAUCCAGAGGAUGUAUUCACGCCGCUCGCUUUACCACACCCGCACUAAGGAUCUGAAGGACUUCAUCAGAGUGCACCGGCUGCCUAAAGCCCUUGAGCAGCGUAUGAUGGAAUGUUUCCAGACAACUUGGUCUGUCAACAAUGGCAUCGACGUCAGUGAGUUGCUGAAGGACUUUCCAGAUGAGCUGAGGGCUGACAUUGCCAUGCACCUGAACAAGGAGCUGCUCCAGCUGCCACUCUUUGAGUCAGCCAGCAGAGGUUGCCUGCGCUCACUCUCACUAAUCAUCAAGACGUCUUUCUGUGCUCCCGGGGAAUUCCUUAUCCGUCAGGGUGACGCCCUGCAAGCCAUCUACUUUGUGUGCUCCGGUUCCAUGGAAGUGCUGAAGGAUAACACCGUACUCGCCAUUCUGGGAAGAGGUGACCUAAUUGGUUCUGACUGUCUGACUCAGGAAGAAGUGAUUAAGACCAACGCCUGUGUGAAGGCUCUAACAUACUGCGACUUGCAGUAUAUCAGCCUGAAAGGGCUUCGGGAGGUUCUCGGGCUGUACCCAGACUACGCCCAGAAGUUCCUUACAGAGAUCCAACACGAUCUAACGUACAACCUCAGGGAAGGACAUAGCGCCGAGACCGACUGCGAGAGCAACGGAGGGCUCGUGAAGAAGCUGCCCUCCAUCAAGGAGGUGGAGGAAGGGUCCAACUCCGAAGGGGAACGCUCAGCUCUCCCAAAGAUGCCACCGCUGGCCAGACUAGGCCGAGGACUGCGCUCUCCCCUGCGUUCCCCUCUGCGCUCGCCGCUGCUCCCGCCGAGACCUUUCAGACCAGCGAGCAACCACGCUCGGCCCGCCGGCCUGCAGAUUCCCGUGGUGAGCUUCAGCUGCCUGCAGCCAGAGCUUAGCCCUCGCUUUGUAGAUGGCAUUGAGGCAGAAAAUCAAAGCAGUCCAGAUGCAAAGUUUGAUUUUUCCCCAGAUACCACGCGACAUUUUUUAUCCGACCACAAUUCAACCACAGACGAACACCACGAAGACGACACGAUGCAGGCUAUCACAAAGCUAAAACACGAGAUGAAGGCUCUUUCUCGCCAGGUAACCACAGUGAGUCAGGAGCUUCAGGAAAUGACCCGACUUCUCAAACCGCUUUUUCGCAACCCCUCCACCUUGCUGAUCCCAAGCGUCGUAACCCCGCCUCCUAGCAUCUCCUCGCACACCUGCUCCCCCGCGCCGCCGCUUUUUACCCAGCACUCAGAUGACCAACACCUUCAAUGCGUCCUGAUACCUGAACCGUCGUCCCCUCCGCUCCGAUUGGACGCUUGCAAGAGCACACACGCGACAGAGUUUGACCACCUUCACUGUUCCAAUUCACGAAUCAUCGCUCCUGGUAAUCCUGCAGCUGGGUCACCUUGUUCAGCUCCCUCAUCACUUCACAGUUCUCCACCUGAGCAAAAGUUGAUGCCGCUCCCCUCCUGGUCCUCCUCCAUCCCUUCUCUCUUAUCAUCCUUAACAGAACCAACAUCCUGCAGUUUGUCCCAGUAUCAGCUCCACCCUUUCUGCCAUUCUCACCCCCAGCCGUCAUUUUCCACACAUUCACCCCCCGAGAUCGAUAUCCAGAAGGUGACCAAGGGAGCCCAGCCACUGGAAGGCCUCCCAAGCCUGCCGGGAGAGCCAUCGCACCCCGCCCAGCUUAGCUUUGUAGAUGAGGGGCGGCCAUGAGUAGAAGCAACGAGCCACAAAUCGGCACUGGACUGAGAGUGGGAAAUUGCAUGAAAAUAUGUGUGACACUGGCAUGUGAUUUUUUACCAUGUAAAAAUGGGCCAGUGGAAAAAAAAAAACCUUUCAUCAACAAAUCCCCAAACUAAAAAAACCCAUAAAGAAGGCAACAACAGUGCUCAAGGAAGACAUUAAAAAAAAAGCUAAAUUUUAUGAUCACAACACAACCUCAGUAACGCAAUAUAAAUCAGCAACAAAAAAAUCAGUUUUUUAAGAAAGAAAUAAAAACAAGCAUUUUUCAAUAACUUACCAUUGAUUAGGUUAGGCCAAGUCCAGUCCAGAUUCAAAACAUCAGGAUCGUUAUCAGACUUUCGCCAAAGCUGGUUUAUAAGUUGAUCAUUUCAAUCAGGUGUUGCAGGAGGGACACACUUUAGGAAGACCCCUCCCUCAUCAAAUGACUUCAUCCUGAAGGAGCAAGGACUCCCCCAAACGGUCAAUUGGGGUAUCACAUUCCUAAAUUGUAGCAUAUGUAUAGAUAUAUGGGAGAAAUAUGAAUAAACAAGGUGGAAGCUUGAUGUGAUAGCAAUUGUGGGUGUUAUGAUACUACCGUAUUUAUAAUUAUUUAUAUUAGCAUAUUGUAUAAUCUAUAUUGUCAUAUGUAUAAUGUGUUUGUUUUUCCAAAUGGUUUUCAUUUUAUUCACAUGAUGGAAGGAAUAAAACCACAAGCAAACCAAA